CUGUUCAUCUUUGACGGCCUGGAUGAAAGCAGACUUUCACUGGAUUUCAACAACAAAGAGCUCGUGUCUGAUGUCACACAGGAGUCAUCAGUCAGCGUGCUGUUGACAAGCCUCAUCAAGGGGAAUCUGCUUCCCUCGGCUCUCAUCUGGAUAACUUCCAGACCUGCAGCAGCCAAUCAGAUCCCUCCUUCAUGUGUUGACAGGGUAACAGAAGUACGAGGCUUCACUGACGCUCAGAAGGAGGAGUACUUCAGGAGGAGAGUCAGUGAUGAAGAUCUGUCCAGCAGAAUCAUCUCACACAUCAAGACCUCCAGGAGCCUCCACAUCAUGUGUCUGAUCCCAGUCUUCUGCUGGAUCACUGCUACAGUUCUGGACCACAUGUUGACCACAGACCAGAGAGGAGAGCUGCCCAAGACCCUGACUGACCUGUACUCACACUUCCUGCUGGUUCAGACAAAGAGGAAGAAGAAGAAGUACGAUGAAGGACAUGAGACGAGUCCACAGGAGCUGACGGAGGCUGACAGGGAAGUUCUUCUGAAGCUGGGGAGGCUGGCGUUUGAACAGCUGGAGAAAGGAAACAUCAUGUUCUACCAAGAAGACCUGGAGCAGUGUGGUCUGGAUGUCACAGAGGCCUCGGUGUACUCAGGAGUUUGUACACAGAUCUUCAAAAGAGAGAGUGUGAUCUUCCAGAAAACAGUCUACUGCUUUGUUCAUCUGAGCGUUCAGGAGUUUCUGGCUGCAGUCUACCUGUUCCACUGUUACACCAACAAGAAGACAGAGGUGCUGAAGGACUUCCUGACAGAGAAGAAGGAGGAGGAGGAGGAUUACUCCACCCUGGAUGUCUUCCUGAAGAAGGCCAUGGAGAAAUCCCUUCAAAGUAAAAAUGGUCACCUGGACCUGUUUGUUCGCUUCCUUCAUGGCCUCUCUCUGGAGUCCAACCAGAGACUCUUAGGAGGCCUGCUGGGUCAGACAGACAACAGUCCAGAAAUCAUCCAGAGAGCCAUCAACAACCUGAAGGAGAUGAACAGUGAUCGUAUCUCUCCUGACAGAAGCAUCAACAUCUUCCACUGUCUGAUGGAGAUGAACGAUGACUCAGUCCAUCAGGAGAUCCAAGAGUUCCUGAAGUCAGAGAACAGAUCAGAGAAGGAACUCUCUGAGAUCCACUGCUCAGCUCUGGCCUACAUGCUGCAGAUGUCAGAGGAGGUUCUGGAUGAGUUGGACCUGAAGAAGUACAAUGCAUCACGGGAGGGACGAUUGAGACUGAUUCCAGCUGUGAGGAACUGCAGAAAGGCUGUACUUCCUGAAUGGUGGCUCUCAGAGACUCAUUAUGAAGUUGUGGCCUCAGCUCUGAAGUCCCACCCCUCCCAUCUGACAGAGUUGGACCUGAGAGGAAGCAGACUGCAGGAUUCAGGAGUGAAGGUGCUGUCUGCUGGACUGGAGAGUCCAAACUGUAGACUGAAGACUCUAAGACUGGCUAAUUGUGGUCUGUCAGAGAUCAGCUGUGCUUCUCUGACCUCAGCUCUGAAAUCCAACCCCUCCCAUCUGACAGAGCUGGACCUGAGAGGAAACAACCUGCAGGAUUCAGGCAUCAAGCUGCUGUCUGAUGGACUGCAGAGUCCACAAUGCAGACUGGAGAUUAUCAGAUUGGAGCGCUGCAGUUUGUCAGAGAUCAGCUGUGCUUCUCUGGCCUCAGCUUUGAAGUCCAACCCCUCCCAUCUGACAGAGCUGGACCUGAGUGACAAUGACCUGCAGGAUUCAGGAGUGAAGCUGCUGUGUGAUUUUCUGGAGAGUCCAAACUGUAAACUGGAGACUCUGAGAUUAAACCACUGCGAACUACCAGAGAUCAGCUGUGCCUCUCUGGCCUCAGCUCUGAAGUCCAACCCCUCCCAUCUGACAGAGCUGGACCUGAGCUACAACAAGCUGCAGGAUUCAGGAGUGAAGCUGCUGUGUGAUUUUCUAAGGAGUCCACACUGUAGACUGAAGACUCUGAGGUUGAGAUGCUGUCUGCUCACAGAUGGAAGCUGUGCUUCUCUGGUCACAGCUCUAAAGACAAACCCUUCCCGUCUGACAGAGCUGGACCUGAGUCUCAACAAAAUACAGGAUUCAGGAGUGAAACUGCUGUCUGAUCUUGUGGACAAGAUCCAGUGGACUGGAGAUUCAGGUUAAAGAGAGACCUGAUCUGAGAGGAACCACAGAACAAUUAGACUAGUUACCAUCCACUAGAUCCUUAUAAAUACCUUGAGGCCCCCAAGUACCAUACUAACAGCGACACACCAUCAACUGACAAGGAACUUAUUGACCACCAACACCACCAUAAAAAACAGCAACCACCGAGCAACAGCUACAUCAAACCUACCAGCUUAUCUGAACAUGAGUAAAUAUGAAGCACCACCAUCGCAGCCUCAGGUUAGAACACCUCAGGUCCAGGUUGACAGUUCGCAGAGUUUCCCGUGACUUCAACUCCUUUUAAUUUUUUCAAUCUCUGCCGUUCCAAAUAAAACUCAACACAAUCAACAUUUUAGCAUUAUUUACAUGAACCUCUGUGAUGUCACUGUGAUGUCAUUGCUGCACAGAGAUUGCAUGUUUUUUAUGUGUUUGUACCUAGAAAUGAGUGUAAGUGUCUUUUGUACUUUACUUUUAGGAUAAAAUCAUUAAACUGGUUAAACACGC